AUGCCUGUUGCCAUUGUCACCGGCUCGUCGAGAGGCAUCGGCCGUGGAAUUGUGAAGAGACUGGCGGAUGAUGGUUUUGAUGUGGUGGUCAACGAUAUUGAGGCAAACAAAGCAGGGGUAGAUGAAGUCGUCGGCGAAAUACAGGCCAAGGGACAGAGGGCGUAUGGAAUUCUUGCAGAUGUCAGUAGCAAAGAGCAAGUCGAAACUAUGAUCUCGGAGACCGUCCAGAAAUUCGGGGAGCUCAACGUCAUGGUGGCAAACGCAGGGAUUCUUGACAUGUCGCCUCUCCUUGAUAUGUCUGUCGAGACUUGGGACAAGGUAUUUGCAGUCAAUUGCCGUGGAAUCAUGCUAUGCUACCAACUUGCUGCACGCCAGAUGACCAAGCAAGGGAACGGCGGGAAACUGAUCGGGGCCUGUUCAAUCUCCGGAUAUCGCCCAAGCGGCAAAGCUCCAGCGUAUUGCUCAAGCAAAUGGGCGGUCAGGGGGCUUACCCAAACAGCGGCCAUGGAGUUCGGGCAAUACGGCAUCACGGUCAACGCAUAUUGCCCCGGGUCUGUCCAGACGGAUAUGUCCAUGGUCUUUGCUUCCAGACUGGCCAAGGAAACCGGCGAAUCCGAUGUAGAGAAGGCAUACAAAUCUUCUUCACACCGGAAAUCCGCCUUGAACAAAGAGGUCUUCCCAGAGGACAUAGCUGGCCUCGUGAGCUUUCUGGCGGGCAAGGACUCCAACCGUAUAACCGGUCAAACUAUCAUCUGUGAUGGAGGUAAGUCAAGAUCAGCGAUUACUUUUGAAUUGAGUCCGACCUAA